UUUAUAAAACACAUUUAACUCUAUUAACUAUUCACUUCUCCAGAGUAAAAAUUUGACAAGUCCAUUUUUAGCCAUCUCUUCUCUCAGAGAUUCUGUGGUUUCAGUUUGAUUGUUCAGAAGUGAAUCAGAGUUUCAAAACCCUCACUACCUGAAACACUUUUUUUUUUCCAUUAGUAUUCAACAUGUUUACCAUGGGUUCAGACAUGUUACCAGAAACUUAUACUAGAGUCCUUUAGAAAAAUCCUGUGUGAUUUCAUGCCCUGGAAACACCUUUCACACUGUAACUAUUCCUACAGCUAUGGGGAGAUACGCGGCAUAUGGAUGUGAGCUAGUCAAAUUAAUACCAUAAUGGCUUCUGGCUCGACAAGCAGGUACAGUGCAAACAGAGAGCAGAACAGCUGUAGCAGAGUUGCCUUUUAUGUGGGUGGCAUAGACGUCUGCCAGUUAAAAUGAUCUGAUGAAUCAUUUCUUGCCAUAUGAUUACUGUUAAUAAGAAUUUAUGUUAACAAGCUUGUGUCUGAACUUUGCACAGGUUCAUGCCUGCAUUUUAUUUUGUAAAAAAAUAGAGCAUAUCAUGGUUGUUUUUUGUUCUUAAUGGGCUUUCUUUCCUCCCUUGAAAGCAUUCCAGGACUUCAGUAAUGCAGAGCUGCCAACUAACCCUUAAAGGAAGAUGUUUUAAUCUCCAUGUAGUGCUUUCUGUAUGUAAUUCUGUAUAUACAGAGCAAUAGUUUAACCUGGGAACUUUGAGCUAAGCUUAUAACUCCACAUUGCAGCACUUGCAAAGAGAGCGUGGCCUUCAAAAUAUGAACUUUUAUUAAAGUCUUUGUUAUUGCAAACAUUUAUACCUACACUUUACCACUGACUGACAGGUUUUAGCCAUUGACUACCUUACACUAACUCCCUGUGUGUAAAAUCAAGCAAUUUUUUUUUUUUCCAGAACUGAUGUUAUAUUUAUGGUGAGAAAUUAGGCAUGGCAAAAUGUUCUUUUAAAUAUGUCCUCAGUAACUUGCAGAGCAUUUUAAAGUAUUUGAGAAGUCUGUGCAACAAGUGAGACAUUUUAUAGAAAGAAAUACUCAAGUCCAAGCAUGGUGAGUGUUAACAAACUUUGAUAAAGGAUAAUUUGAGAAUCUCUUUUUCAUCAGAAAAAUGUGGUUUGAAAUUCUGCAUAUAGUAGGACAGGGUAGAGAGACAGAAAACAAUUGCUUGAAAUAAUACUGCUUGAAAUAAAGUUUAGCUGGGAUAAGUGGUUGGAGACAUCAUCCUUGUGAAUCUUGCUUGGGAGCCAUAAGCAGAACAAACGUUUUGUUGGAAGGUCUUGUUCCCAUGGAACUUAGAACAGUUAGUAGAAAAUAUAUUGAGGAAAACUGUCCUAAAAAGACUAAGGAGGAACUUGGCAAAUAGAUACUCCCAAUUUGCCCUACUAGCAAUUCUGCCACUCACCUAGGAGGAAUAGAAGACACUGAUAAGCAAGGCAUUACUAUGGCACUUACAUUGACUUUUGGGGGCACUUUGGCUAACAGCCUCCUCCUCACCUCUACUCUGUCCACGCUUAUUGAUGCUUUGAGAUCACAUUUGCACCCAUUUUCCCGAUUUUGUCAGCAUCAAUAAAACAAGAACUCUGCUAUGUUUUUUCCAGUGUCAUCCUGCAUUACCACCUACAAGAAGACGCCGCCUCCAGUCCCACCGAGAACUACCACCAAACCCUUUAUUUCCAUCACAGCCCAGAGCAGCACAGAGUCUGCCCAAGAUGCCUACAUGGAUGGGCAUGGACAGAGGGGAGAUAUCAUCAGCCAGUCUGGGCUUAGCAACUCCACGGAAAGCCUGGACAGUAUGAAGGCACUGACAGCUGCUAUUGAAGCUGCCAAUGCGCAGAUCCACGGCCCUGCAAGCCAACAUGUAGGGAACAAUACUGCCACUGUCACCACCACCACAACCAUUGCCACUGUUGCAGUAGAAGAUAGGAAGAAGGACCACUUCAAGAAAAACAGAUGCUUAUCUAUUGGAAUACAGGUUGAUGGUGCUGAAGAAUCCACCAUACCAGGUGAUAAUAAAGCAGCCAGUAAGUUCCAGUCCAUAGGAGUUCAAGUAGAGGAGGAGAAGUGCUUUCGCAGGUUUACGCGAUCUAAUAGUGUAACAACAGCUGUGCAAGCAGACCUGGAUUUCCAUGAGAACUUUGAAAUAAUCGACCCUCAAGAGGACAAUACAUGUUCUGGACAAAUAUCAAGACAGUUUUCCCGAGAUGCAAGCACCUCUACCGUUAGCAUACAAGGGUCAGGAAACCAUUACCAUGCAUGUGCAGUGGAUGAUGACUUUGAGACAGAUUUUGAUCCAUCAAUUUUACCUCCUCCUGACCCAUGGAUUGACUCUAUUACUGAAGAUCCUCUGGAAGCUGUUCAAAGGUCAGUGUGCCCACGAGAUGGCCACUGGUUUCUGAAGCUACUUCAGGCAGAGAGAGAUCGUAUGGAGGGUUGGUGCCAACAGAUGGAGAGAGAAGAACGGGAAAACAACUUACCUGAGGACAUUCUAGGGAAAAUUCGAACUGCAGUGGGCAGUGCCCAGCUUCUCAUGGCUCAGAAAUUUUACCAGUUCAGAGAACUUUGUGAAGAAAACCUGAAUCCUAAUGCACAUCCACGGCCGACCUCCCAGGAUUUAGCAGGGUUUUGGGAUAUGCUGCAGUUGUCCAUAGAAAAUAUUAGUAUGAAAUUUGAUGAACUUCAUCAGUUAAAGGCCAAUAAUUGGAAACAGAUGGAUCCUCAUGACAAGAAGGUAGAACACUGUAGAUUUUGUAUGCUUCAUUUAAAACCCUGCACAAAUACUGGACAGAUUAAAUAGGCCUCUGUGUUACAGCGUUGACGUUAAAAAUGUGAAAUGAAGCUCAUAUCAAAUUAAUUUCAUUGUAAUAACAAUGUUUACAUAAUAAUCAUCUGGGAUAUUAUCUGUAAUAUGUUUCAGGCAUAUUUUUAAACCAAAUCUGUCUUUGUGAAUCGGAUGAUGGGAAUGUGGUACUUUGUUAAGCUUUACAUUUAAUCAUAUUAGACGAUCAAUCGUUGGAAGGAACUGCCUUAUAUAUUGAUUCUUAAAAUUAAAUAAAUCACAUUUACGGUUCAUAUUAUUGCAUACAGCAAGAGUUCUAGGUUGUGUUACUGAAAAAACCAGGGAAGCACUGUAAGCAUCGCUGACUUUGGUAGCCAGGUUACAAACAGCAAUAUCAAAAAUAUGCCUUCCAAAA